AUGCCCUCGAGGCCGGCUGGAGGGUGUCUAUUGAGAAUUGCUAUCUGUUCUAUCUGCUUCUCGGCCGGGAUCUAUGGACAAGGCUUCGAGAAUGAUGAUUUUUCAGGUUCUGAAGGCAGCGGGAACAUUCGAAUACCCACCUCCUUUCGGACAGGAGUUACAAACCGUAUUGGGGAUUCUGGGAGCACGAACGAUGCACGGCUAACGACUGUAAGAGACACACUGGGUGGGAAUGAAUUGAAUACACUGAGAAACGGACAACCAUACAAUAGUCACGCCCUGCUUUCUCCAAGCUCCAAUAGUUUUCGCCAGAAUGAUUUCUCAAAACAGCAGAAGCCAACAUAUGGAGGAAGUACGGUCGCAAAUUCAUAUUGUGAGGGGCUUGGCUUCCCGGGCUCGGGACGCAAUCCAGAUACUUGCCGUACUCGAGAUAACAGCGGAUCAGACAUGCAAUAUGAUAUUGACGCAAGCCAGUUAACCUCGCGGAGGGGUUCUACCUAUGGAGACGCCCUGCAGCCUAUGCAACAAAUUCCAUUCAGAAAAGCAAUCAACAUUCCAAAUUUGCAAAUUAGCUCCCCAGGCUCACUAUUGAGCAGCCCAAGGAUUGGCACCGGCACCACCUCUAGAGGAUACGGAAAUUUGAAUCCAGUAGAUACUGCGAGGGGGGCGUCCAAAAAGAUUGAACAAAACUUUAAUAUGGGAGAUGAAGAUGAUGAGCCCGCCCUGCCCACGGAACCAGAUGAUGAAGAUGAUGUUGGUAUAUCUUAUGAUUACACCCCAAACUUUGACCUAUCUACGCCAGAAGGAGAGUCAUUCUCUUUAUUUCAAGGAACCCGAUUUGCAAAUAAGCCCUAUUUAGGAAGGCCCGGACAGAAGAACCCAGGGACCCUAAAAAUCCAAAAAGCGAACCCAUAUACCAACUCAGUAACCUGGUUCAAGCAACCAAGCGAAGAAUCGUCGGAACUGACAAGAAUAGAGCCAGUUUGGCAAGGGGACUUUCUACAACCCCCUGAAGCGAAAGGAUUUAUACUUACCUUGCUAAACUCGUUGACUGACGACCUUUGGGUAGUCGUCAAAGGAGGAUUCCCAUACCCAGGCUAUAACCUAUUUACUCAGAAGUUUGCAGAAGGAGAGGCGGCUAGAUGGAUUAAGGUUGACGGGAGACUUAAGUUAACUGGUCAUGGUCCGCGGUAUCCGGAGCUGGUGGUUUAUAUCUGUAAAGGCGGAAACCCUAAUGCAGUGCUUUCUUUGAUAGAGAUCGAUGAAGCCCGUCGUAGGGAGGGAAAGCAAUGCCCUGAAAAUCAGGGCGGUGGAGUAUUCAAAUCUUUGGGGUGGAGUCUUCGCCGAAGUGCAAGCACCUUCGUGGAUCCACGUAUCGAAGGUACAUUGAUCUGGGAAGGGGUAACUGACACGGGGAAUUUGCUCUCUAUUUUCCCUCCGGAAAACGACAAAAGGCUUUGGUGGACUACGAAAAGACCUGGCGGCGGACGCCGAAAGGUUCCGUUGGUUGCUUUCCUUGGUUUAGCCGACAACUGGAAUCCAAAUUUUGAGCAUGACUCCACCACAACUGAAAUAGAGAAACUAACCCGAAAGCUACCAUAUUUAGCGCGUUAUAAGCCGAUUGAAACUGACAAAGAUGGGUUUACCACCCGAUUUGAACCAGGUCUUUGGUUCGAGAAACCAUUCCUGCUCUCUGGUACGUUUACAAACGCUGCGAAGACAAGUACAUUAGUCCCGUGGCAUAUUUAUGUUGAAGAGAGCCCCAAGCGUCUGCCCGAACCUGGGAAGUCGUCUACCGAUCGCUUCAUCGUGGCUCGGCCUGACGGGCGCGAAACAACAUUAGAAAAGCCAGUAGUUUGGCGGGCAAAGCAAGUUAGACCCGAUGGCCUAGGAGUUGUGCAGAACCGGGUAUAUCAACUACCGAUUGAUCCACGCGGAUAUAAGUAUACUAAAUUCAUAUAUACUUGUAAUGGUCAAGGGGUAUUCUUGCGUGCUGGAACUCAAAAGGAAGCUGAACGCGAAUGUGAGCAAGGAGAUUGGAUAUAUUCGAACUUUGAGUUCUUUGUCAGUUAUUUUGCAUAUAAAACCACUAAAGACGCACACCAGGAGGGCACCGAGAUGGUUUUUAAACCAGGCGAUAGCAUUCAAGGCUUUAGGGCUCUGUCAGUCGACAAAGUUGGUACCCGGCCUACCGCAGCUCGUUUGUACGUUGUUAAGGGGUACAACUAUGUUUUCGAUGGCAAAAUAAUACUCCACGCAGAGAUUUUUGUCUAA